UUUGCUUUGAAUGAAAAUCACAUACUGCCAAUAACCUAGCAUUUAGGUCUUAUAUACAUACCAUGACAAUAAAACAUGAGGAGGUCAGAAUUUCACUGUUAAUGAACACAAUCAAAACUGUAUUUUGAAGGGUAUGGAUGGUAGUGACAGUUUUGACACAUGGCAUACAUUGUUGGUUGGUGUUUUUGCAUGGAGUGCAGUGUUUGUUGUUCUGAGGAAGAUAAUGUGGAAUAGGUCAUUUGAUUUCUGCAAUAGACUUGUGUCUAUGCUACAUGUGGGUGUGGCUCUUUGGCUUUCAUCAGCUUCUAUUAAGGAUUGGAGGCAUCCCAUACACCCUUUGGCUUCUCCUUCUUCACCAUUGCAGAUUCGAGCAUUAGCAGUGUCUCUCUCUUAUUUCAUGUAUGAUUCCAUUUGUUGCCUCUUUGAGACUCCCAUCAGCAUUUCGAAUUGCAUCCAUCAUACAGUCAGCAUAUUGGGUCUCCUUGGAGGAAUAUAUUAUGGUGUAUGUGGGUCAGAGUUGGUUGGAUGUUUGUGGCUGAUGGAGAUAUCAAACCCCUUUAUGCACAUGAGGGAGCUUCUCAAGGAGCUUGGUUACAAGGACUCAGAUUUGAGUCUCGUAAAUGACAUCUGCUUUGCCCUCAUUUUUAGUAUUGCUAGACUCAUCAUGGGGCCUUAUCUUACAUAUUUGACAUUGACUGCAAUCAAUCCCUUCAUUAUUAAGGCAACAGCAUUUGGCUUACAGGUGGUCAGUAUUUUCUGGUUCUACAAGAUAGUCAGAAUGGUGUACUACAAAUUGUCCAAAAGAAACAGGAUGGGACCGAAAGUUUCAUGACUAGAUGUAAGAAAGUGCAUCAUGGUUCAGUCCUUUCUACAGCCAACUGGUUAAACUUUUACACAAUUGUUCAAAAAUUGAUCUUGCCAGAUGGCCAAAUAAAUAAAUAAAAAAUAAGCAACUUUAAUAGAAAAUGUUCAAAUAUAAUUGUCACUUUGCCAAAUUAAUAAGAACUUGCAGUAGUUCCUACGUUCCUUGAUGAAAAAUAACAUAUUAAUAUUUACAUUUAUUAUUAGUUGAACUGGAAAGUUUCUGCAAUGAAACUCUAAAAGGUUUACAUUGUACAACUAUAGCAUAUUUGUUUUUGCUGACACGAGAUGGUAUAGUGGCAUAACAAUGCAUGCACGCUGCAAUGUUGACAUUAUGCCUAAAUUGAUUACUGGGUUUUCUUAUAUUGAAUGAAUAAUCUUCCACCUUGCCUUGACAUA